GCAAACAACAUAUCACAGUCAAAAUUGAUUCUCUGAGUAAGCAACAAUGGCUUCUUACCGGUGUAUAUGGCAGCCCCCAAUACCGGUUUCAAUCUUUAAUGUGGGAUCACCUCAUUCAGACUAGCAAAGAUACAAAUAUUCCGUGGCUAGUAACGGGAGACUUCAAUGCCUACUGUCUACCGGAAGAAAAGCUGGGUGCCAACUCUCCAGCUUCCCUACGAAGAUGUCAGCGGUUCUGUUCGUGGAUAAAUCAAGCUGAAUUAAUUGAUCUAGGAUACUCCGGACCUAGAUUUACCUGGUACAGGGGAGAAACGCAGGCUACCAGGAAAGCUAGUCGAAUAGAUAGAUCACUAUGCAAUGUGGCCUGGAAUUCGACUUUUCCCAACUCUUCGGUUCAACAUCUCCCCAAAUUCCACUCGGAUCACUUGCCCUUGCUAACGUCAGUGGGCAACCAACACAACACAGAUUAUGGAAACCGGGAUAAUUUCAAGUUUGAGGCUGUGUGGUUGACGGACAACAAAUUCAAGGAUUUUUUAGCUGCUAAUUGGAAUAAAGAAAUACCUCUACAGCAAGCCUUGAAGGAAGUUACCCCUAAAUUACAGCAGUGGAGUAAAGAAGUGUUCGGUUCUGUUAACAGGAAGAAAAGGAGAUUGUUGGCUAGAUUGAAGGGUAUCACAGACCGGUUAGCAGUUUCCUUCAAUCCUGGACUGUUGAAGCUUCAACUUAAGCUGGAAGGAGAGCUUGACUGGGUACUAGCACAAGAAGAAAUUGUCUGGUUUCAGCGUGCCAAAGAGAAAUGGGCGACUCUGGGGGAACAAAAUACAUCCUACUUCCACCAUCAAGCCACUAGACGUAAAAGAAGAAACAAAAUUUUAGCUCUCAGGAAUGCAAAUGGAGACUGGAUAGAUGAUCAAGAAUCUCUCCUCAACAUGGUUCUGAAUUUCUACACCACUCUCUAUACGGAAGAUGGGGAUCAGUAUGAGGACCUCAUGCCCAAAAACGUUUUUCCCAGGCUGCAGCAAGAAGAUAGCAUGGCUUUACAUCGUCCCUACCAUAUUUCUGACAUCCACAAAGCAAUCCAUGAUAUGAAACCUUAUUCAGCUCCAGGUCCGGAUGGUUACCAAGCCAUCUUCUAUCAAAAAUUCUGGCCAAUAGUGGGGAAAAACCUGGCGGAUAUGGCUUCAAGCUACUUUGAAAUAGGCGAGAUUCCAACAGAGACUUUGGAUUCGACAAUCGUUCUUAUCCCUAAAAUGGAACAGCCUGAGUCUCCUGCUCAAUUCAGACCUAUAUGCCUGAAUAAUGUCGCCCUCAAGGCAAUUACUAAGGCAAUUACCAAUAGAUUAAAGCCUUUGAUGCCAAAAAUCGUUGCUCCCACUCAGAGCGGUUUCAUUCAGGGUAGGCAGGCAAAUGACAACAUACUUCUUCUUCAAGAAACCCUUCACACUCUCCGAAGGAGGAAAGGGAAGAAGGGAGGCUUGGUUAUAAAAAUCGACCUUGAAAAGGCCUACGAUAGACUCCGGUGGGACUUUAUCAGAGAUACGCUUAAGGAGGUCGGGCUGGCCAGCUCUCUCAUCAGCAGAAUCAUGACUUGUGUGGAAAGAAACAAGAUGCGAAUCAGCUGGAACGGGCAACUCUCGAAUCCAAUUAUCCCCUCCAGAGGAGUUAGACAGGGAGAUCCCCUAUCACCCUUCCUUUUUAUUCUUUGCAUGGAAAGAUUGGCCCAUAAAAUUGAACAAGCAGUCGAGGCAAAACUUUGGAAACCAUUACAACUCUCAAAAAAUGGUCCAAAGUUGUCCCAUUUAUUUUUCGCUGAUGACCUUGUUUUAUUUGCAGAAGCUGAAGGGAGUCAAAUCGACAUCAUCAAGAGGUGCCUUGACGACUUCUGCAGCAGCUCCGGACAACGGGUUAAUCAUAGCAAGUCGGCAAUGUUCGUCUCACCAAAUGUUCGACGAGAUAAAGCUGCCAGACUUAGCUCCCGAGCAGGAAUCAACCUUACGGCGGACCUGGGAAGAUAUCUAGGAAUCACUGCAAUAAACGGCAGGAUAACCAAGGCCCGCUACAAGGAACUCCUGCUCAAAAUUCAGAACAAACUAGCGGCGUGGAAAACAAGACAUCUCUCAAUGGCAGCUAGAGUUACUAUGGUGAAAGCAGUAACUUCUAACAUUGCUAUAUACCCCAUGUUUUCUGAACUUCUUCCUGUUGGUGUAUGCAAAUCGAUAGACAGGUGUAAUAGAAGUUUCAUUUGGGGAGAAGAAGAAGACAAGACAAAGCUUCACUCGGUGGCGUGGGAGCAUUUAACCCAACCUCGGCAUCAAGGAGGUCUUGGAAUCCGCCCUACAAGAAGAACCAAUCAAGCCAUGUUGGCAAAGGGAGCAUGGAAACUCAUAACAGACGAUCAAUCUUUAUGGGUCGAGGUCUUGAGAAAGAAAUACGGGCGCGGCAAGAGAGAUUUGCAGAUGCUAGCAAAAUCAAAGGGAAGUUCUCAUGCUUGGAAAAGUUUUGCCCAAACGGCAAACCUCCUACGAAAAGGAGCUGCUCAAAAUGUUAAGAAUGGGAGAAAAACUAAUUUUUGGUUGGAUACGUGGGUUUUGCAGGAACCUUUACUCGCCCAAGCUACGACAGAGAUCCCGAUGGAGACACGACAGAAGAAGGUUGCAGACUACUGGACAGAAUCCUCAGGCUGGAAGAUGGAGGAUUUGAACCAACUCCUCCCUAUAGAGGUGUUGAACAAAAUCAGAGCAGUAAAACUGGAUCCAUUAUCGACAACUGAAGACAAGCUCUUUUGGAAAGCUUCAGCUAAUGGAGUUUUCAACACCUCAUCGGCAUACAAGCUGGAAGAACAACAGCAAAACAACCACAGCUCAUUCCAAUGGCGCAAGAUCUGGCACCUCCAAGUACCAGAACGAGUUCGCCUUUUCAUGUGGACAGCAGCGAAGGGAAGGUUGACUACGAACAGCAUUAGAAAGUUCAGGCAUCUCACCUCGGAAGACAAGUGCGCCUUGUGCGGUACAGAAAUAGAAACUAACUUACACUGCUUGAGAGACUGCAGCAAGAUCAGAAGAGUUUGGGAAAAAAUUGUACCAAUAACACAGCAGCAACAGUUCUUUUCAGCUAACCAGGAAGACUGGUUGAAGACAAAUCUGGAGAGCAACGAGAACAGUGGAGAGACAGGGGAGUGGGCCAGCUUCUUUGCUUUGGUUAGUUGGUACAUCUGGAAACAUCGGAAUGAUUAUAUCUUUAAAGCAAUCAGAUUAUCCAACUAUACUCUCAUUAACUACAUUGUAUCGAAGGCGAAAGACUGGAUAAGUACUUGGAAGAAGGCUAUGGAAACAAGAGAUUCACUGACUAAGCCAGCAAGGGAAGAGCAGUUAAUAGGUUGGUCUCCACCACAACCAGGUUGGAGCAAGCUAAAUACGGAUGGCGCCGCUCAGGGGAAUUCAGGAAUUAUUACUGCAGGAGGAGUCCUCAGAGAUAGUGAAGGAGAUUGGAUAGCGGGUUUUGUUUGCAAGAUAGGAACCGGAUCUGCCAUUCUGUCAGAGCUAUGGGGCAUCCACCAAGGACUCGAACUAGCUUGGAGGAAGGGAAUACAAUUUCUGAUACUUGAAACAGAUUCGAAACUGGCAAUAGAGCUCAUCAAUAAAAGAUCAGACCCGGUACAUCCUCAUGCCACCCUUUUAGACUCUAUUCGGAGAAUGCUUGCUCAGAGUUGGAUUGUUCGUUUGGUUCAUACAUAUCGCGAAGGGAAUAGAGUCGCGGACUGGCUCUCGAAGCACAGUCUCGUCUAUCCCUUCGGUACGUAUGAAUUAGAUGAACUACCAACAGAUUUAGAGAGACUUCUACGUGAAGACAUGAUUGGGAUCAGCUUCCCUCGGCAAGUGAUUAUAGAUGGUUCAAAUGAGUGACUGUUUUACUGGUUUUGGUUUUUGGCUUGUGAUAGGAUUUGCUUGGGAGCAUUUGAGUAUGUUUUCUUCCUGUUGGAAGGUGAUCUGCUCCUCCCCUUUGAGCUCUCUGUAACUGGUUCUCUGGCUUCUGCCUCCUCUCAAUCAAAAAAAAAAAAAAAACUAUAAUAAGUUUUACUGAUGGCAUUAUGUAAUUAAUGCGAUUCAUCUAUCUACAUUCUACACUCCAUAUGUAGGGGACCGGUUAGUAUAACAACAAUCUUUGUGUUGUUAUUAUAACAACACUAGUCUCCAACCAAUAGGAAGCUAGGAUUGUGAUGACUUUUUAUUAGAUUAGUUGACCUAGUGUAAAAUCAAAGCAGGGGUAUAAUUGUCAUUAUGAAAAAUCUGUUUAAAUAAUAAAAAAAUAAAAAAAUAAAAAAUAUUUUUUUUAUUUUCUGCCCAAAAAUUUGGUCGUCGGAAUCCGGACACCGGUCGCCGGAAUCUGGUCGCCGGUCACCGGAAUAUGCUUUUUUGUCGCCGGAAUAUGCUAUUUUGUCAUCGGAAUAUGCUCACCGUCGCCGGAAUAUGCUUACCGGCGUCGGAAUAUGCUUACCGGCAUCGGAAUCUAGUCACCGGGGCCGGAAUAUGCUUAUCGGCGCCGGAAUCCGGUCACUGACGGUCAUCGGAGUUUGGUCAACGAACUUCGUUGACCGGUCAACGGUCAACGACCACCGGAUGUAUGGUCUACAUUGUGAGAUUUAUGGUUUGGUUUCUCACAUUUUUGUAUGCCUUUUGUGGUUUGCUUUAUCGCGUUUGUGGUUUGCAUUACGAAGUUCCUGGUUUGCUUUAUCGUGUUUGUGGUUUGCAUUGAGAAGUUUCUGGUUUGCUUUCAAAAACUUUGUGGUUUGCAUUGUGGGGUUUUUGGUUUGUUUUAGGAGAUUUGUGGUAUGCAUUAGGAAGUUUCUGGUUUGUUUUUGUGGUUUGCUUUAUCGUGUUUGUGGUUUGUGUUAUGAGGUUUCUAGUGUGUUUUUGAAAAUUCUGUGGUUUGUUUCGUGAGGUUUCUGGUUUGUUUUAAUAUAUUUUUGGUUUGCAUUAGGACGUUUCUGGUUUGUUUUUGUGGUUUGCUUUACGAUGUUUAUGGUUUGCGUUACGAGUUUUCUGGUGUGCUUUCAAAAUAUUUGUGGUUUGGUUUGUGGUAUUUCUCGUUUGUUUUAGGAAAUUUGUGGUAUGCAUUAGAAGGUUUCUUGUUUGCUUUUUUGUGGUUUUUUUUUAUCAUGUUUAUGGUCUGCAUUAGGAAGUUUCUGGUAUGUUAAUUAAAGACUAGUGAUCUGCAUACCGAUAACUCCUAAAUGCAUACCAUAAACACAAUAAUACAUUAAAAUACAUUAA